GUCAGAGGGACCGUAUAAAGAAGCCCUCCCUGUUCAGACCGUGUAGCUCUCUCUCCCUCUGUCCUCCUCCUUACCUGUAGAAGCGACCUCCUGUGAAGCUGUGAUGGACCGCUGGAAGGGCAGGGUGGCUUUGGUGACCGGAGCCUCGGUCGGAAUCGGAGCGGCUAUCGCCAAAGAGUUGGUUCGGUCCGGCAUGAAGGUUGUGGGCUGCGCACGGAACGUGGACAAAAUAAAGGCGCUGGCUGCAGAGUGUAAAAGUGCGGGCUACAGCGGGGUCCUGAUCCCAUUCAAAUGCGACCUGACCAAUGUGGAGGAGAUCCAGUCCAUGUUCGCUGCCAUCAAAGCUAAACACAAAGGCGUGGACGUUUGCAUCAACAACGCCGGCCUGGCUCAUUGCGAGCCUCUGCUGAGCGGCAAAACCAGCGCCUGGAAGAACAUGCUUGAUGUCAACGUUAUGGCUCUGAGCAUCUGCACUCGUGAGGCAUACCAGUCCAUGAAGGAAAGAAACGUUGAUGAUGGUCACAUCAUCAACUUAAACAGCAUCUGUGGACACGUUGUAAUUAACAGUGGGGAUAUUCAUUUCUACACGGCCACCAAAUACGCUGUGUCGGCGCUGACUGAAGGCCUGAGGCAGGAGCUCAUUGAGGCCAAGACUCACAUCAGAUCCACAUGCAUUUCUCCUGGCAUCGUUGAGACUGAAUUUGCUUAUCGGGCUUUCAGCGACAGCCCAGAAAAAGCUAAGGCAACUUAUUCUAUGCUUAAGCCUUUGGCAGCAAUAGACGUCGCUAAUGCCGUCGUUUAUGUCCUAAGUGCUCCUCCUCAUGUUCAGGUUGGAGAUAUUGUGCUGCGACCUGUCGAGCAACUGGCAUGAUGCUACACCAUCUGAUGACUACAUUUAUAAAACAGCGCAUUUUUCAUAGGAUUUAUUUACAGCAUUUAUGAAAUUGAUGACUGUAAUCUUUAAUCAAAGGAAUAAAAUUGUGAUUUUAAAGAUGUAGCGUAUCAA